UCGAUCAUGUUUCUUUCUGGCGGUUCGAUAUGCGGACCUCCUCACCAACCAAGCUGACCUUCCUCUUUUAUUCUUGGACCAAGUGGGUGGCCAUCGUCCAGAGCUGUGCCGCCGGGUGGCUUCCAUUUGCGAAAACCCAAUUGAGCAGCCACUUUUCCAUCAUAUCUACCAGCGCAGUUGGCCAAGUUAACGUUUGUGUCCCCAGCACAGCAGACUUCUGCCAUGAUAACAAAACAUUUCUAAUCGUCAACUGUCAAACGUGAUAUCGAACAUGUCUUGAUCCAGCCUGUGAUGUUGGCUGUCACUGACAGCUCGCGUGCCCCACAGCUACAGAAGCGCAAAAGUGGUCCAAGCUUUCUGUGCCCCGCGACAGACAGACGACGGCAAAGCUAGCUUGUGGAUAUUUUCUGAUAUCCCAAAUUUGGCUUGCCCAUCAAAAUCGACGACAGCGACAAUAGGAGCCCUCCCGCUGAAACUACGAUACUCUGUCAAAUCGAUCAUCGUGACCUCGAUAUUCGAACACAACAGGAUCACAAACACCAACGGUCCAAAACCCUGAUUAAGGCCGCCAAACCCACCCAGCCGACAACCAUCCCCCCAAAGGCCAUAAGCAACUUCGGCGCAGCAGAAUAUCCCCCCAGUUCGAACAAAAGAGGGGAAACCCCUAAACCGACCCCUCCACAAAACCCCCCAUCAUGCCGCUCGACACAUCAACCUACGGCCUCGCCCUCCUUCGCGUCGACGGACGGAGGUGGAACGAGCUCCGUCGCAUCCACGGCCAAAUCCGCACCCAAGCCGCAGCCGAUGGCUCGUCCUACCUCGAAAUGGGCCACACAAAAGUCAUGUGCGUCGUCACCGGCCCUAGCGAGCCCGGUCCGCGCCGUGGAGGAGCAGCAGGGGGAGCCAGCGGCGGCGGUGGAUCUGGCGGGCAGUCCAAAGACGCAGAGGUGGUGGUCAACAUCGUCAUUGCUGGGUUCAGUUCGGUAGAUAGGAAAAGAAGGGGGAGGGGUGACAAGCGCACCCUAGAAAUGCAACUCACCCUCUCCAACACCCUCGCCGCGACCCUCCACACCCACCUCUUCCCCCACUCCCAAAUCAACAUCUCCCUCCACGUCCUCUCCCAGGACGGCUCCCUCCUCGCAGCCCUCAUCAACGCCGCCACGUUGGCGUGUGUGGACGCCGGUAUCCCCAUGACAGACUACGUGACCGCCUGCACGGCCGGUUCAACCUCGACCUACGCCGCCAACGACGAGGGCGCCGACCCGUUGCUCGAUCUCAACCACCAGGAAGAGCAAGAACUACCCGGGCUGACAGUAGCCACCCUUGGUGAAAGCGACAAGGUCGUGGCGUUGGUGUGCGAGAGCAGAGUGCAGAUCAGCCGGUUGGAGGGCAUGCUGGCUGUGGGAGUGGACGGGUGCAAGCAAGUGAGAGAGAUUCUGGAUCAGGUUAUCAAAGCGCAGGGGCGAAAGAUGAUCUUGGAGGGGACAGUAGACAAGGGGACGGGACUCAAUGAUAUGGAUCUGGAUUAAGGAAGCAUUGUCCCGUUGUCAUAUUGUAUGUGUAUCAGUGUGUUUGGUUGGAAUGGCGUUUGGAGAUAGGGUUUUAUCCAUCGGCCGGCGUUUUUGUCAGGAACUUUAACGAUAACAGACAUGGGAGCAAGGCAAUGAUUCAAAGGUGAGAAGAAGCCGGGUUCGUUUUGCUCUCA